AAAGAAGCCUUGUCUUCGUCUCUGACUGACCCACUUGGCUCCGGCGUCUUUGCUACUGCUGGUUCCCAUUUUCAUCUCCUCGCUUCGUGUUUACAGAAGAAGCAUAGACUAGGGUUUAGGGUAGAAAACGAUGGCUGGUUGGCAGAGGAAUGUACAGACUGUUAUUCGUCAAGGUUUUAGAAGAGUGAAGAACAGUCUCAUUUCGACACGGAAUUUGGAUUCCACUUUCUCACAAGGUUAUUUGCAGAGUCUCUUGAGACCAACAUAUUCCUCAAGACCACUGUAUUAUCAUCUACAACAACUGGGAAUUUCUACAUCAAGACAAUUCCAGGCGGCUGAAGAGCCUGUAUCCUCACCCUUAUCAUCUCCAGCUCUCUUGGGUAGUGGCAAAGAAGAAGAGCAGAAGAUUGUCCCAAAGCGUCAGAAAGUUCAGGCUGUCCUCAAAUCCAUUAAGCAGAGUCCUAAGAAGGUCAACCUGGUUGCAGCACUAGUCCGUGGCAUGCGUGUUGAAGAUGCUUUGAUGCAAUUGCAGGUCACAGUCAAACGGGCUUCACAGACCGUGUACCGGGUUAUACAUGCUGCCCGGGCAAAUGCUACUCAUAACCAUGGACUAGAUCCUGAUCGUCUCCUUGUUGCGGAAGCGUUUGUUGGCAAGGGACUCUUUGGGAAGAAGGUAGCUUACCAUGCAAAAGGAAGAAGCGGGAUUAUAUCAAUACCCCGGUGUCGCCUAACAGUCAUAGUUAGAGAGACGACUCCAGAGGAAGAAGCCGAGAUUGCAAGGCUCAAAGUUCACAAUUUUAAGAAGAAAAGCAAACGGGAGAGACAGCUUGUACCACACAAGCUCAUCGAGACAACUCCAAUCUGGAACCGCAGAGGUACCAAAGCCAAUCAUCGGUCCUCAGAGUUGGUACCAUCUCACUAGAAUCUUUAUGGUACCUUGUUGUUUCUUUUGGUUUUGAUAUUGUAUUGGUACACUCUUAAGGACCGGUUUGCUAUUGCAUUCAAUAUACAUGUUGCCAGAUAGGAACCACAACUCAGUUAAGAGAAGCAUCUCUGUUUUCUUUAUCUUGGAGUCUCUAUGCUGUUUUUGGAGUUGUUGUCUUAGUUGUUUAAAAACCAAAGUUAAGUCUCUUUUCCCAGUA